AUGGAUCCUUCUAUGCUCCCCAUCGAGUGUUGGAACCUGAUAGCCGACAAGCUAUCGUCGCACGAUCUGAGCCUUGUGAUACGCGCAUCCAAAUUAUUCAGUACUGUGUUCGGCCCCUAUCUGUACCGUUGCAUCGACCUCAGCGUACACGAGAUUCCUUCCAGCGCCACCGAACAGGACGAAGGGCCAUUAUCACCAUGUCCGCCUAAUCUCCUUGAUCGUCAGCACGCUUUUACACGUUCGGUUCUACACUACAAACCUGAGUAUGCCUUGUGGGUCCGGUCAUUUACCUGGACUAUGUGCCUGCAACGGACCCAUGCUUUAGACCCUGCUCCGGAACAGGAGCUGGAUAGUGUCAUACAGCUAUUUUCGAAAAUGGAUCGCGUACUCUCUGUGGAUAUUGACGGGGGCGAUUUCCAUUGCUACCCUCCUAAACCCAUCCCUCCUCUAUUCCCUGCCGCUUGUCAUAUCCGUCUGAGUGGGCAAAUGCACUACGGUCUCGCAUCUGCCAUUCUACACGGCCCCGAAAAGAUGUCUCUAAAGUCUCUCACAAUAUGCAACUUACAUGAGCUUGGUCACACUCGAUCGGGACAGAACUAUCAGAAACCUCCUAUACGGAGUUUUUACCAAUGGGGUCUUGCUGCGUGGGAUGAGAGCGACGCAGAACCGAUCGAGGAAGACUGGGCGGCAGAAUCUCUCCCCAAGCAAGUCCCCCCUGGACCAAUGCGACGUGUAUUGAAUAAACAACUGGCAAGUCGAUGCAGCAGUUUAGAAAGCUUGACUCUUUGUCAAGUGAGUAUGGAAAUGCUACAGACAUAUGGGCUCCUACCCCCCGGGUGGUAUUAUCCUGGACCAGAGCUACAUGAAGAGUGGGCAACCUUCAUCCAAGCAGUUCGCCCGUGCCAUCUGAGAAUCCAAUAUGAUGAUGUGUCUACGGCGAUACGAUCUGGCUUGAAAGCUAUGUGGAGGAAGAACACAUGUCGAGGUAGUCUGCCUUAUCACCGCGAGUUCACCCGGAAAUUAUUACCACUCUUGAAGGAAGGGUGGCCAGAACUGCGGAGACUAGAGUUGACCUACUGGCUCAUUGCAGAAAUGGAAAUGCUCAACCUGGUUGUCCGAGAUGAGACUGUGGCUCUCCUGGCCAGGGAUAAAGAGGUAGAGCUCAGUUUAGCUCCCUGGACAUAUUACCACAGGGGAUUUGGCACGUUCGACUGGGAGGAGAGAAAUGAGUAUUUACCGCAGCAGACAAUUUGA